UCAAGUGUUGUAUACAAUCAGUGUCAGUUUACCUGUGGAUUGUAACGGUCGACAAUAUAAUUCUGAGAAAAUGUUUACGAUUCAAGUGGAGAAAACUAUUCAGCUAAUUAAACAAAUAUUUUACCUAAUGGGAAUAUGGCAAAGGGACGAAGAGUCCAAUUACCGUAAAAUGGGCAAGAAAUUGUUUUACAGUUUUUUGGGUACAUUUUACCCGAUAUUCUUCACGGCUAAUGCUUUUCUAUGUGACAAUCUUGUUGAAGCUGUUUUCUCAGUACAGAUUUCAAUUACAGCGACGAUAGGAUACGUGAAAAUUCUGUACGUCCUGUUUGAGAAACACGAAAUCCUCGCAUUUUUACGUGAUCCGAUCGUUGUUCAUUCAAUUGAAAAUCGUGAAGAAUAUGAGGAAACAGUCAAAAAGAUCAAAAAAUUUAUGAAUUUCGUACGGCUGUAUUGUCUGGCAAUAUUUGCAACUGCUCCAGUGCUGAUCGUAAUAGCACUGCCAAUAUUCUCCUCCGAUAGAGGCCUGCCUCUUUUUAUCAGUUUCUCAUGGAACCAUUCGGAAAUUAUUUAUUGGUUCGCGUAUUUGUUCGUGUCAUUGUCAUGUUUCUUGUACGUUAUAAUGAACUUGAUGACCAUACUAAUUUGGUACAUUAUGUUAAAUUACUCCAUCGAGUACGAGCUGCUGGGAAAUAAAUUGAGAAAAUUAGGAGUGAUAAAGAAAACUGUUUCGAAGACAACCAAAAAACAGAAACAAUUCAAGUUGACACAACGAAGUGGGUUCGCUGAAGAUUUAAUUGUCUUUGUAAAAGCUCAUCGCAACUUAACCGAAACAAUAAAGCGAUUCAGAUCCUUUUUCUCGACAUUAUUUUUGGUCCAAAUCACAACCAGUGGCAUUAUUAUUUGUACUUCAGUUUACAGCUUAGCCUUUUCUUCGAACCAAAAUAUUGUUCAAAUCGAGUUUUAUGUUGUUGUGGUGCUCUACGCAAUUUUUGAUAUUUUUUUGAUUAUGUACCUGGCAAAUGACAUUACCGUUGCCAGUGACCGAUUGUCCUACUGUUUAUUUAAGUCAAAUUGGAUUGAGCAGACACAAUUGUGUAAGAAAUAUGUUGUCAUCAUGUGCGAGGUGUUGAAGCAACCGCAACAACUUGUCGUCUUGAUGUAUCCAAUGAACUUGGAAACUUUUAUGACGAUUGUCAACGGUGCCUACAGCAUGUUCAACCUCUUAAAAAGUCUUUAA